UAUACUUGGAUCCCAAGCAACCUAGUUCAAAUUCUUCCUAGCUAUUCAUAUACAUUUCUUUUCACUUUUUCACUUGCUCAUAAAACUCACAAACAAAUAAACUCAUAUUCACACAUACACACAUACACUCUUACACAAACAAUGGCAGAAAUAAUGCAAAUUCAUCGCCAAGAAGAUCCAACUCAACAACACCAUUCACAACGUCAACAAGAUCCAACUCAAGAACACCAUUCGCGUCGUAAUUUUCCUAACAAAAUGACGCAACAACAGCAACAACAACAUCAACAAGGUUAUCACUAUCCAAUGGAACACAAAGGUAACAUGGAUUCUCGUUACAGAAUACCGAAUGCUCCGAAACGUGAACACUGCAUAUGCAUCACAAUCUUCUUCCUUUUACUCGGCAUCAUAAUCCUCAUCCUAUGGCUUGCUUACCAUCCCUCAAAGCCUCACAUCACAGUCACUAGUGCUUCAAUCUAUAGCCUCAAUGCAACUUCGCCACCAUUCAUGUCAAUCUCAAUGCAGUUCACAAUCUUCAUAAGGAAUCCAAACAAGCGCGUCUCAAUUUACUUCGACAGGCUUUCCGCCUACGUCUCGUAUAGAAACCAACCGAUUACGCCUCAUGUUAUUCUUCAGUCUCUUUACUUGGAGAAACAUGGGACCGUGUCAGUGUCGCCGGUGUUAGGAAGCGUCCCGGUUCCGGUUUCGGCGGAUGUGAUGAAUGGUUUGGUUGUGGAUGAGAGUUAUGGUGUGGUGGGUGUGAAACUUGUGUUUCAAGGUAGGUUAAGAUGGAAAAGUGGUGAGAUAAAAUCUGCACAUUAUAAUAUGUAUGCUAAGUGUGAUUUGUUAUUGGGGUUGAAGAAAGGUCUUGUGGGUCAGAUUCCUUUGAUUGGUGCUCCAGUUUGUGAUGUGGAUACAUGAAGCUAAAGUUCUAUUGAUUUGUGUGUAAUAAAGUAUAUUAAUGUGUGUAAUCUUUUUAAAUUUUGAUUGAUGACUCUAAAGUUAGUAUGAACUCUUGCAUUUGAGUGCUUAUAUGUGUAACAGAAAUUGUAUUUAUUUUAAGAAAAUAAUUUUUGUCAUCUCA